AUGUCGACGACACAAAUCCAAUUCGCCUACAAAGUCGGCUAUAUGUCGAAAUACAGGAUCGAGCGCGAAGCCCGCAAGGCCGAGCCUCGACUGCACAAGCUAGUCGGUCACGCAUCUCUAUUCGACAGCGCCAAAAAAUAUAUCGUCGAGCACAUUGACGACGACGAUGAAGACGACAAAGAUCAUCAGGACGAGCUGCUGCAGGACGACGUCCUAUUAGCUGACGAGUGGCCUGAAGACGAAGACGACGUCGACGACGAAGAACUGGCCUCCAUCGACGAGGUGGAUGAGCUUUUCCCUCUCGAAGAUAUCGAAGAGACGCUGGAAUCCUUGUCGCCUUGCUCGCAAACGGCCCCAUUGCCGCAAUAUCACCAUCAACAUCAAUAUCAGUACCAUCAAGCAUCCACGAACCGUCUGGGUCGACCAGCCCAAAGACCGCAACAGAUGGUCCCGGCGACAAGUGGAAGCUACAACACAAACACUAUUCAAAUCGAAGAAUACGAGAUCGACCACGACGACGUCGACGACUGGGACAGCAUCAGCGACGCGAGCACCGAGGCUGCCGACAACGAGCUGGACCCUGACACCGAUACCGACAGUGCCAGCGACAGCGACAGCGAUUGGAGCGAGUCCACAUACGGCAAUGACGAGAGUCUAGCCGUCUACGAGGCCGAGUCGGAUCGCAAGAUCAUCGACCUUUGUGCGCUGGCGACUUCACAGUUCUCGAUGCCCAAAUACUGCCCCCAGGACGAUGACCUGGUGUUGUGGGCUCAACAACCCAAAGUUAUGUCACAAACUCAGGUCGAUAAUCUUCUUACUGAGAUUUUCGCCUGA